AUGUCUUGCUGCUGCUGUUCGUGCAUCGACACAGGGUCCGUCGGCGUGAUUCAGAAGUUCGGGGAGUACCAGGGCUUGCAGGAGCCGGGCUGCAGCUGCAUUUGCUGGCCCUGCACGACCGUCUCGGGUGUCUCCCUGGCCGUGAACCAACUCACCUGCAAGUCGGACUGCAAGACCAAGGACAAUGUGACGGUUGUUACGGUGACGGCCGUGCAGUACCGAAUCCUGAAAGACAUGGUGAAGGUGGCAACAUUCGACAUCGCCAGCCCACACGAUCAGAUCAGAGCCGAAGUGGACAACGUCUUGAGGUCUACCAUGCCCACCAUGACCCUCGACGAGAGCUACGAAGCCAAGGAGAAGAUGGUGGCAGAGAUCUUGGAGUCAGUAAGACAAGCCAUGGGCCAAUACGGCUAUGAAAUCGUGAACGUCCUCAUCACCGACAUCCAUCCCGAACAGUCUGUCCUCAAUGCCAUGAACGAAAUCAAUGCCUCCCGGAGAAUGCGCGAAGCCGCUUUUGAGAAGGGUGAGGCCGACAAGCUUCUCAAGAUUAAGGCCUCGGAAGCUGACGCCGAAGCCAAGCGCCUGGCCGGCGUGGGCAUGGCCAACAUGCGUGCGGCCAUGGCGCAGGGGUUCCAAGACUCCAUGAAGUUCAUGAAGGAGAGCGGCAUGAACGAGAAAGAGGCGAUGCACAUGAUGAUCAUGACCCAGUAUCUGGACACCUUGAAGGAGUUCGCUGGCAGCCACGGCUCCAUCGUGGUCCCUCAUGGGCCCUCGGCUGUUGGAGAUCUACAGUCGCAGAUUCGCGAGGGUUUCCUCACUGCUGCUGGUCAGCAACAAAUGAAAGGCGGCCUUUUCGGAUGA